UGCAUUGGAUAUUUCAUUCGUUUUGCGUACAUUUUUUAUUUUUUAAUUCAACAAGAAGAGAGAGAGAGAGGAAGAGUCAAUGAAUCGGUGUCAUUGUUAUCAGUUUUCUUUCCUUUUUCUUCAUUUCUCUUCAUACUUUGAUAUUUGAAAAUGAGAACCGCCUGCCAUUCCCUAUAAUGAAGCAAAAAAAAUGGGAAAAAACAAAUUCAGGAUCAUACACACUGUGAUGAAUCCAUAUAAAAAGACUUUACACAGGUAAAUCGUUUCUCGGUUUAUUAUCAUCAUACAAUUUUAUUCUAUCACAUCGAUCGUUCCAAAUACAGAUGCUUCAAAUGGCAUGAAAUUAUCUGAAAAUAAUCAUUUGUAAUUUUGUGUAUGUGUUCUUAAAAUCUUAAUGAAAAAAAAACACAAUUGUGAUAUCAUUAUUGCCUUUGUAUUGUUGAGCUUAUAUUUUGUUGUUGUUGAAUGUUGAAUAAAAAAAAAUUCACAAAUAACCCAAUAAAAAUGAUCGCAUUCAAUUAUCAUCAUCAUCAUCAUUGUGAUUUAUUAUUCUUGUUUAAAAGUUUUAAAUUAUAUUAUGCAAUUAGUUUAUUAAUAAUGAUUUCCUGUAAUAUCUUUCUAUCUGUAUCAAGUAAUGAUGUUUCAAAUAAAAGAUCAAUGAUUACUGAAGAUUAUGCUAAAGCAUUUGAUCAUGGUGCACGUGUACGAAAUGAAGGUGCAUGUCAUCAACCAAAACCAAUGAUUAUUUAUGUGAAUAAAACUGAUCCAUCCAAAGUUCAUCUACCACGUGGAACAGUUUUACAUCGAUGUAGUGAUCAGACUGGAUGUUGUUCGAAUCCAAGCGAAAACUGUGUACCAAUCGAAAUGCAAACAGUAGAAUUAUAUUUUAUUACAAUCACAUUACAGGUACAAUCACCAUAUAAAAAUCGUCGUGUAAGGCAAAGUCCAAAAAUUGAAAAAUUAUUAUUCACAAAUCAUACGUUAUGUGGUUGUCGUGAAAGAAAUUCAUCCAAUGACAACGAUAAUAGUGAUUAUAAGGAUAAUGAAGUGGAAUAAAUGUUUUUUUUUUCAAUUUCAUUUCAUUUCAACGAAUUAAUGUGCCAUGCCAAACAAACACCAAAGAAUAACGAAUCUAGCCGUUUACGAAUUAUUAAUUAAUUUCUUCUUAUUUUUUUUGUCUCAAAAUCAUUAUUUGUAAAUAAC